GAAGGCAGCAGACACAGACCGAGUGACAGCGUCUGAGUCCCGGGGACGAACAUCACGGAGCCUCGGUGAGAGGAAUAAAAAGCCAAGAUGCCGAACAAAACCAAGAAAGAGAAGGAAACAACAAAAUCUGCCAAAAGCAGCACGAAGAACAGUAACAGCAGCAGCAGCAGCAGCAGCAGCAGCAGCAGUGGAGGGAAAGAUGCUGCAGCUGAUAACUCAGACGAGUCCCAGCAGCAGCAGAGUGGCAGUAAGCGUCCCAGUAACAGCACCCCGCCUCCCACUCAGCUCAAUAAGAUUAAAUACUCUGGAGGUCCUCAGCUGGUGAAGAAGGAGCGACGCCAGAGCUCGUCCCGCUUCAGCCUGACCAGAAACAGAGAGCUGCAGAAGCUCCCUGCACUCAAAGAUGCUCCCCCGGUGGACCGUGAGGAGCUGUUUGUGCAGAAGCUGCGUCAGUGCUGCGUUCUGUUUGACUUCAUCAGCGACCCGCUGAGCGACCUGAAAUACAAAGAGGUGAAACGAGCCGGACUCAACGAGAUGGUCGAAUACAUCACACACAACAGCGAGGUGGUGACGGAGUGCAUCUACCCCGAGGCCGUCUUCAUGUUUUCAGUGAACUUGUUUCGGACUCUUCCUCCGUCCUCUAACCCGACCGGAGCCGAGUUCGACCCCGAAGAGGACGAACCGACGCUGGAAGCUGCCUGGCCUCACCUGCAGCUGGUCUACGAGUUCUUCCUUCGGUUCCUGGAGUCUCCGGACUUUCAGCCCAACGUUGCCAAAAAAUACAUCGACCAAAAGUUUGUCAUGUCGCUGCUGGAGCUGUUUGAUAGUGAAGAUCCGAGAGAGAGAGACUUCCUGAAGACCAUCCUGCACCGGAUCUACGGGAAGUUCCUCGGCCUCCGGGCCUACAUCCGCCGCCAGAUCAACAACAUCUUCUACAGAUUUAUUUAUGAGACAGAACAUCACAACGGCAUCGCUGAACUGCUGGAGAUCCUGGGGAGCAUCAUUAACGGCUUCGCUUUGCCGCUGAAAGAAGAACACAAGAUGUUUCUGAUCCGAGUUCUGCUGCCGCUGCAUAAAGUCAAGUCUCUGAGCGUCUACCACCCGCAGCUGGCCUACUGUGUGGUUCAGUUCCUGGAGAAGGACAGCAGCCUGACGGAGCCGGUGAUCAUGGGGCUGCUGAAGUUCUGGCCCAAGACUCACAGUCCGAAGGAAGUGAUGUUCCUCAACGAGCUGGAGGAGAUCCUGGACGUCAUCGAGCCCUCAGAGUUCGUUAAAGUCCAGGAACCGCUCUUCAGACAGCUCGCCAAGUGUGUGUCCAGCCCCCACUUCCAGGUGGCAGAGAGAGCUCUGUAUUACUGGAACAACGAGUACAUCAUGAGUCUGAUCAGUGACAACGCUGCUAAGAUCCUUCCCAUCAUGUUCCCCGCUCUCUACAAGAACUCCAAGAGCCACUGGAACAAGACGAUCCAUGGUCUGAUCUAUAACGCUCUGAAGCUUUUCAUGGAGAUGAACCAGAAGCUGUUUGAUGACUGCACACAACAAUACAAGGCUGAGAAACAAAAAGAAAAAUACAAGCUGAAGGAGAGAGAAGAGAUCUGGCACAAGAUAGAAGAGCUGGCCAAGCAGAACCCACAGAGUAAUAAGCUCCACCCCCUUCGCCCGGGGCUCCACCCACAGGACGAGUACAUGCUGUACAGUGACUCUGUAGCCGUGUACUCGAUGGAAACAGAGACUCCGACCGCUGAAGACAUUCAGCUGCUGAAGAAAACAGUGGAGAGCGAAGCUUCACAGGGUCUGAAGGAUCUGAAGAAGGACAAGGUUCUGACGAGGAGGAAGUCGGAGCUGCCGCAGGACGUUUACACCAUCAAAGCUCUGGAGGCGCACAAGCGAGCCGAGGAGUACCUGACAGCCAAUCAGGAGGCUCUCUGACCGGGGGAGGCGGCCCCCGCUG